AUGAGUCAAAGCCGCAACACCACAAAGGACCCUCUAUUGGCCAACUUAAAUGCAUUCAAGAACAAAGUGAAGACGGCGCCAGUGCUUCCCACUCCCAAGGUAACAUCUCCCAAGAAGCCCACCACAAUAACGAUAGAUGGAUCUUCACCAAAGAAGAAUAAUAAGAAGAGGACGGUCAUGCAAAGAGAGGUCAUGGAGAUUUCAUCUGAGGAUGAUACUGAGAAUGAGAACGUUAAAUCUGGAGAAACUCCGGGGACGAAGAUUGAAUUAGAUAUUGAUGAUUCUCCAUCUAAGAAAGUGAGACCCGGUUCUCUGGCCGCUGCUGCAUUACAAGCUAGUCAAGAUAACAUAGGGAAGAGCCAUGAUUCUUCCAAAUUGUUAUGGGCUACAGAAUACAUUCAGAAGAAGGGAAAACCCGUUCCUUUGAAUGAAUUAUCAGAUUACUUGUCUUUACAACCUAGUGAUAAAAUUUUGGAUUUACUGAAAAAAUUGGAUAAGAUAUCGUAUGAUGAUAAGAAAAAUGCAUUUAAGUAUGUGUCUACGUAUGAUGUCCAUUCUGGGUCUGAAUUGAUAGCCCUAUUGAGAUCACAAGUUACUUUUAAAGGUAUAUCAUGUAAAGAAUUGAAAGAUGGGUGGCCACAGUGUGAUGAUACUAUUAAUGAAUUAGAAGAAGAUAGUAAGAUAUUGGUGUUGAGGACGAAAAAGGACAAGACUCCAAGAUAUGUUUGGUAUAAUAAUGGUGGUGAUUUAAAUAGGAUUGAUGAUGAGUUCGUCAAGAUGUGGGAGAACGUCCAAUUACCACAAUUUGCAGAAUUACCAAGAAAGUUACAAGAUUUGGGGUUGAAACCGGCCAGUGUGGAUCCAGCAACGAUAAAGAGACAAACGACAAGAGUGGAAAUAAAGAAGAAGAAACAAAGAAGAGGGAAGAUUACAAAUACUCAUAUGACUGGUAUCUUAAAGGAUUUCUCUCAUAGGGUAUGA